AAAAAGCGACUCAAUAAUGUCUCCUCCCCGCACCUUUAUAGAUUACGAAAAUGUAUCAGCCGCCACCAGUCCCACCACCACCACCGAUGGAGUCCCCCUCUUGGACUGCCUAUGCCGCCGCGUGGCUAGCGACCCUAGCCCUCAUCCUCCUCUCCUGCUGCCUCCGCCGCCGCCGCAACUACAACCUCCCCCCGGGCCCAAAACCCUGGCCCAUCAUAGGGAACCUCAACCUCAUCGGCCCCCUCCCGCACCGAUCCCUCCACAAGCUCUCCAAGACCUAUGGCCCGCUCAUGCAACUCCGCUUCGGAUCCUUCCCCGUUGUCGUGUUCUCCUCGGUUGAAGGGGCUAAGGCCGUCCUCAAGACCAACGACGUCGCCUUCGCCGACCGGCCCAAGACCGCUGCGGGCAAGUACACCGCCUACAACUACUCUGACAUCACCUGGUCGCCCUAUGGCCCGUACUGGCGUCAGGCCCGGAAGAUUUUGAUAAUGGAGCUCGUCAGCGUGAAGCGCCUCGAGUCCUACGAGUACAUUCGGACGGAGGAGCUAAUGUCCUUCCUGAAGAACCUGUACCUCUCUAGAGGCGCGCAAAUUACGUUGAAGGACCAUCUGUUCAACCUGACCCUCAAUGUGAUGAGCCGGAUAGUCUUGGGGAAGAAGUACACCGAGGAGACCGAGAACCCCAUCAUCCGGUCGGAUGUGUACAAGAAGAUGAUCGAGGAGCUGUUCGUGUUGAACGGCACGCUGAACAUCGGGGACUCUAUCCCGUGGCUUGAUUUCCUAGACCUCCAGGGCUACAUCAAGAGGAUGAAGGCGGUGCACAAGAAGUUCAACCAGUUUCUAGAGCACGUCUUGGAUGAGCACAACGAGAGGCGAUGCGGGGUCGCGAACUUCGUCCCCAAGGACAUGGUAGAUGUGCUCUUGCAGCUCGCCAACGAUACGAAUCUCGAAGUGAAGAUCGAUAGGACAAGAGUCAAAGCGUUCAUUCAGGAUCUACUCGCGGGCGAGACAGAGAGCUCAUCCACGACAGUGGAGUGGACGAUCUCGGAGCUCCUGAAGAGGCCGAAGAUCAUCAAGAAGGCCAUUGAGGAGCUGGACAGGGUGAUCAAGAGAGACAGGUGGGUGAGUGAGAAGGACAUCAUGAGCUUGCCCUACAUCGACGCCAUUACCAAGGAGGCCAUGAGGCUCCACCCGAGGUCGCCAAUGCUUGUGCCCCGGAUGGCGAGGGAGGAUUGCAAGAUCGAUGGCUACGACAUCCCCAAGGGCACCCAGGUGCUUGUCCACGUGUGGAGCAUCGCGAGGGACCCUGAGAUCUGGGAUGCCCCAAACGAGUUCCGGCCGGAGAGGUUCCUCGGGCAGGACAUUGAUGUGAAGGGCCAAAGCUUCGAGCUCCUACCAUUCGGGUCCGGAAGGAGGAUGUGCCCGGGGUACAGCCUCGGUCUCAAGGUGAUUCAGACGACCCUGGCCAAUCUAUUGCACGGGUUCAAUUGGAAGUUGCCCGGGGGAAUGAGUAAGGAGGACUUGGACAUGGAGGAGAUCUUUGGGCUCUCAACGCCUAAGAAGAUCCCACUCGUUGCUGUGGCUGAGCCUAGGCUGCCGGAUCAUAUGUACUCCCUGUGACUUUGUGCGGGUCUUGUUGCUAGUCCUCUCUUAUGUUGUUGUCGUUUUGCUUUGUUCGUAGCUACUGAGGGAAGCUUCGUGAUGUUAAGAUCUUGUCUUGUUUGUGACUCCCGAGUAAUUAAGCAUCAAGAAAAGCUAAUAAGAUCUGCUCUUCGAUGCCA